AUGUCGGACGACGGCGUUGUGAAGACAUGGCCACGACGACUUCUGCAACUUGAAGGCGCCUGCAUCUUCGGCUCGACAAUUUGGGCCUAUUCACGACUCGGACAGUCCUGGUGGACUUUUGCCGGCCUCAUUCUUGUCCCAGAUCUGGGCAUGGCGGGCUACCUGGCCAACACCACUGCCGGUGCCGCCCUCUAUAACAGCGUCCACACCGAAACGCCUCCGAUACUGCUACUUUGCACAGCCUUGGCCCGAAACGACAAGCUCCUUACCGGGAUAGCGCUCAGUUGGCUUGCGCACAUUGGCAUGGACCGUAUGUUUGGCUUUGGUUUGAAGUAUGGAACCGGUUUCGGACACACCCAUUUGGGCGUUGUUGAUGUCACGAAGAGAACUUCUCCAUCAAUUUAA